AUGGACAACGAUUACUGGUCCAUUGACGCGAUUUAUGCCCAAUAUCCAAAAAUGGACUGUACAUUCAUCGUUGAUGUACCAAAUCUCGGCCACCUUGAUGGAGGCGAUCAGCAAAACAUCACUGCACCCCUGAAAAUGCAGCUGCCUUUCUGGAUGGCUUCCGUUCUGAUUGACAACGGGUUUGCAGAAUAUCGAAUUCCUCAACCGUUCUCUUUACGGAUUCGUAAGGCCCUCAACGCUGAUGCUCGGAGCGUAAAACUUGCGGGGCUUGUUGGUGUGGGCAGUUCGUGGUAUGGGUUUGGAAAGGCCUACAGCGACCUGUGGGCCUUCCGCGAACGUCUCGUGGAGAUCGUGGAUCAAGCGCAACACUUUGGGUUUGCCUCUGUGACUGCUGGCAGUGCAGCGGGCCGAUCUGGAGAACCCACCGGGAAUGCCAAGGAAUUUCGUGAAGGCUUGGAAAGUGCGGAAAGAGAAAUUUUCCUAUUGAUACAACAAACGGCUCAACAAACAAAAGUUUGGUUGGACAGCAGUGACAAAAGGCGGUGA